GACGUCGAUCAUGAAGACUACCGCCCACCAUAUCCACACGCUAUCCUCGCGGGAGGUCUCGGCGGCACAAUGGGCGAUAUGCUGAUGCAUUCCCUCGAUACCGUCAAAACGCGGCAACAGGGUGAUCCUCAUAUGCCGCCGAAAUACACGAGCAUGGGAAACACAUACUACACGAUCCUCCGACAAGAAGGCGUCUGGCGAGGAUUGUACGGAGGAGUCUGGCCCGCCUUCAUGGGCUCAUUCGCAGGCACAUGUAUCUUUUUCGGCUGCUACGAAUGGAGCAAGCGCACCAUGAUAGACUUGGGCAUAACACCGUCCUUUGCCUACCUUGCCAGCGGCUUCUGCGCAGACCUCGCUGCAUCUCCACUCUAUGUCCCCACCGAAGUGCUCAAAACGAGGUUGCAGCUGCAAGGUAAACACAACAAUCCCUUCUUCGUAAGUGGCUACAACUACCGCAGCAGCAUGCACGCUUUCCGCACCAUCUAUCGCACAGAAGGCGUGCUGGAACUCUUUUCCGGAUACAAAGCGACGCUCUUCCGUGACCUGCCAUUCUCAGCGCUGCAGUUCGCGUUCUACGAGCAAGAGCAGCGAUUGGCAAAACAAUGGGUGGGACCAGGGAAGGAAAUCGGAAUGCCAUUGGAGAUCUUGACAGGAGCGAGCGCAGGUGGUAUGGCAGGUGUCCUCACAUGUCCAAUGGACGUGGUCAAGACGAGAAUACAGACCGAGCUUGACCCCGAACUUGCAGCAGCAGCGAGGGAGAAGCGAUCAGCGAUGAAAGCCAAGUCCGCUGCCGUCAAAGCAUCCUCCUCAUCUUCGUCAACCACACGUCCAUCAACCGCAUCGCCAGCGUCCUCCUCCUCUUCCUCCCAAACCCGCUCCAUCUCCACCUCCGGUCCCAGCACCGCGCUCAAACACCACGGCCAAGUCCCACUGGACACGGAAUCCGUCAUCAAAGCUCUUCGCAUCAUCUACCGGACUGAAGGAGUGGGUGGAUGGUUCCGAGGCGUGGGUCCGCGUUUCGUCUGGACGAGCGUACAGAGCGGUACUAUGCUCGUCGUGUUCCAGAAGUUGCUGCGGUGGUUCGAUGCC